AUGGGCUACAGUACGGGUUUGCUGGAUUGCUUCAGUGACUGUGGCACCUGCUGUGAUGUGUGCUUCUGUUUUUCAUGCAACCUCAGUCGCCAGUGCAAUGCCGCUGACGGCACGCCCAACGACUGUGGUUGCUGCUUCUGCAUAGGGGCGUGCAUCUUCCCCACUCUUUCGGCAUGCAUCCUUCGUCAGAAGGUCACGUCGAAGUACAGUCUGGGGGAGGGUGCGUGCUGUGCCUGCCUGGCCGGUUGCUGCUGCACGGGAUGCUCAGUGUGCCAGACGCACCGCGAGCUUACGCUGCAUGGUGCGAAUCCUGGUGGCUGCUGUUGCCAACCGCACGCUACUGCUAUGCAGUAG